GGAUUAUGACGUCAUAAAUCAGCGCCGCACUCCCGUAUAUGCGGUUGAGCAAGAGGAAGAGUAAAGUGAAGGAAAGAGUAAAGAAAAGUGACUGAGAUCUACACUAUUGUAAAGAUGGCGUUUGUUAAAGAGGAGAGUGAAGGUCUGAGGAUUACAGAAGUGUUCACACUGAAACAUGAAGAUCCUGAGGAACAAACAGAGCUGAUGAUGCUGAAAGAAGAGACUCAAGAACUGGAUGAAGUAGAAGAGAAUGAUCUGCAUGAGGAACACCAAGAUUUAAGAACUGCUGAACCAUCCUCAAUGACAAAAAACACUUUUAAAACCAAAUCUACGAGUUUGUUCACGUGUCGUCAGUGUGGGAAACAAUUCACUCUAAAAUCCAACCUCAAAGAUCACAUGAGAAUUCACACUGGAGAGAACCUUAUAAAAUGUGACGAGUGCGGAAAGAGUUUCACCAGAAAAGGUAAUUUCGAAAAGCACAUGAGAACCCACACCAGAGAGAAGCCUUACUGGUGUACCGAGUGUGGAAAGAGUUUCAGUCAAAAGCACAACCUUGAGGUGCACAUGAGAAUUCACACCGGAGAGAAGCCUUUUCCCUGUCAGCAAUGCGGAAAGAGAUUCCGGCAAAUACAAAACCUUAAACUUCACAUCACCAUUCACACCGGAGAGAAGCCGUAUGCCUGCCCUCAUUGUCCAAAGAGUUUCAAUCAAAAGAAGAAAUGUGAAACGCACAUGACCAUUCACACCGGAGAGAAACCCUUCGCCUGCCAGCACUGUGGAAGAUGUCUUGCUAAUAAAGAUCUACUUAACAAGCACAUAAAAAUUCACAUGGAAGACAAGCCUUUCACCUGCCCACCUUGUGGAAAGAGUUUCACUCAACCCCAACUCCUUAAAUUCCACAUGAGAACGCACACCGGAGAGAAGCCUUACACUUGCUCUCAAUGCGGGAAGAGUUUCACACAGAAAAACGGCCUUAACUACCACAUGAGGAUCCACUCCGGAGAGAAACCUUUCACCUGCGCACAGUGUGGUAAAAGCUUUAUAUAUAACACCGCCCUUCUUCGCCACAGGAAGACUCACUCCGGAGAGAAGCCGUUCACGUGUGGUCAGUGUGGAAAGAGUUUCACGAAAGAUUACUCCCUGAAGUAUCACUUGAUUAGUCACACCGGAGAGAAACCGUUCAAAUGUGAUCUCUGCGGGAAAAGAUAUCUACGUAAAGACAACCUUAACCAGCACAUGAGGAUUCACAAUAACGACAAGUCCUAUGUAUGCGAUCAGUGCGGAAAGGGUUUUACCCGUAAAGAUUACCUCAGCCAGCACACGAGGAUUCACACAAAAGAGAAAUCCUUUAAAUGCCAUCAGUGCGGAAAGAGUUUCGCUCAGAAAAGCGCCCUGAACGCGCACGUUAUCAGGCAUUCAGCCAAGUCGCCAGCCACAUAGGCCGUUUACAAUCGUUUGAUUCUGGUGCAGCGUGAAUUUCAGGUGAAGGCUUGGACGUAAAAACCCAAUAGAAGACAUGGAGGAAAGUUUAUAUUAUUGCGAUUUAGACCAAAGAUGGAAAGUAACCACAUAUAUUGGAUGCGAUAAUUAUAUUUAUAGGAGGUUUCCACUGAACUGAGGAAGCAGUUUAAGCUACUAUAUCGACAGGAAUAUCUACGGUGUUACAAACCAUGCAAGUUGGAUUUAAGUCUCCUAAGCAUUUAGUCUUCUGUUUUUCAAUUAAAAUCACUGGUGAUCAA